GCUCUACACUUCCGAGUGCGCUCUGGAGGUGUGUGUUUACAUGGGGCUCGGUGGAAGAAGCUAACAGCUAAGUCCUUGGGCUAAAUCUAUGCCAAACAUCGUUCUCAAGAGUUAAAACUCCACUGCGCACAGCUGAGACUGAAGAUAAACAAUAUUAAUCAAUGUUGGUGACCUGAAACGCAACAAUAAUGGACUCCUGGAUGCGCUUCAAUGCACAGAGCCAGGCCAAGGAGAGGCUCUUCAGGGCAGCACAGUAUACCUGCACUCUGCUGGGGUACACUGUGCACAAAGCAGGCUCCGGGGAGCAGGUGCGCCUCACCAUCUCCCAGCUGGAGGGGCACAUGAGCUUAACCAGGAAGUUGCUGCGCCUGGGGAACUCUGUUGAGGCUCUGGAAGCUGCCAAGAGGAGCAUCCACCUGAAGGACAGUGUGCUGCGCCUCUGCCUCACACUCAGCCACCUCAAUAGGGCCAUGUACUUUGCCUGUGACAACCUGCUGUGGGCCUCCAAGACAGGUCUCCUGUUCAGACUGGACCAGCACAAGUGGAGCCAGAGGUCCUUCAGGUAUUACUUGUUCACUCUGAUCCUGAAUUUAGUGCGGGACAUGUACGAGGUGCGUCUACUCAUGGAGAGCGAGACUCGCUGCAGGGCAACUAAAGCAGAAGAGCCCCACACUGCCCCGAGUGUUGUCUCACAGCUACAGCUCAUGCUCAGUGUGCUGCACCAUAACCCUCCACUGCUGCUGGAUCUGAUCAAGAACAGCUGUGACCUGUUUAUCCCUCUGGACCGCCUGGGGCUCUACUCCACCGGCCCUGGCUUUGUGGGAGCCUGUGGGCUGACCUCCUCCAUUCUGUCCAUCCUCACCAUUGUGGACCCUUGGCUCAAACUCAAGCCCUGAGCUUCAGCCUGAGUGCAGCGGAUAGUGGCCUUAACAAUGAGGAGCUCCAUGAUGAUCUCUGUUGGACUGAGAGCUCAACACAUCUGCCCUGAGAAGUUCACCACUCAGGGGCCAGCUUUGACUGUAGUAAUGAAGUGAUGCGAGAACAGUUACCAGAAUGUGUUAACAUAAUCUAAUAUGACUGAAAUUUUAAUGAUUAAUUUUGGUACAAAUGACACCUCUACAUGGCUGUACCUAGGAUCCCAAUAUCCUUGAUAUUUGUCCAGC